CCAUCCGUGCGUCGUGUGGCAUGUGAGCAAUUUGCUGGGCGCUGCACAGCGCAGAGGCUGGACCCGCGGCCGCCGGAUCAGCGUUGUAGAAGCUAGACGGUUUUUUUUUUAUUUCGUGGCGAUCGAAGCACGACUGAAGCAUAAUUCGUCAGACUACAGCCGCAAAUAUCUCCAGAGUGAGGGAUCUGAUAUAUUAUGGGCAAGCGGUAGCACACCUAUUGGAGAUAAACCGUGCUCACGGAGACACUGCACCGAACGUGUGUUGCAGAACAGUCGUGUGGGCGGCAAAUUGUCUUUUUCUACGCGAUGCUAGUGGGUGGCAAAAAUAAAUUCGAUGUAAUGUGAGUGUGUGCGACAAUUUGACUGUGUAAUCACACCGCGCGCGCGUCGAAGUAGCAACGCGCCUUUGUUUUAAUCGGCAAAAUGGGCGCGUGACGCUUCCAUCCCAAAACAGGACGCGCACGCAGCGCGUUUAUUUGAAAGUAAAGCGUCACGAAUCUUUAAACAUCAUCAGCGCGUCACUUGCAGAUCACCAGCAACAGCUUCGGUUGUGUGUCUCUAGUCUACCUGCGAGCCAGUGACAGUACACUCACCGUUAAGAAUCAGACGAUGGAAUGUACACUGACAGAGUUCAAACAAGCCUUUCCCAGUUAUUGAUGGCAAACAGAAGGCAUUCCGACUGAGAUGAGGACGGUCUCGUGCAGCAUCAGCACGCCAGAGUUACACAACCUCAUCUUUUCUUGAAUUUCGAGCGACCGUCCCGGCAAGCAAGAUGUCGGGAACUCCGUCGGAAUCGGUGACUCUGGAAGUUGAGGAACCCUUGGCCGGUGAGAGGACGGGGCUUCGUGCAUCGCCAUCCCUGGACGAUCAGCCCCAGAAAUGGUUCCUCUCCCCCCACACCAACAGGAUGCAGGUCUGGGACACCCUGGUCAUAGUCAGUGCGGUCUUCUCCUUUAGCCUAGACCUCUUCAUGUUCGCGUUUGACUCCAAACUCGUCGCACUUUGGGUCCUCACCUACGUUGGUGAUGCAUUUUUCAUCACUGACAUUUUUCUACGCUUCUUUCGCGGCUACAUGAAGGACGGAAUUCUGAUCACGGACCGACAUCGAAUCAGGAGACACUACCUAAAGACCACAUUCUGCUUGGAUUUAUACUCAGUUCUACCCUUGGAUUUUAUAGUUUUUGUAGAGCCCGGACUUGGUGCGGCAGGAAUAAUGAAGCAACUCGCACAAUUUCGCUGGAUAAAUAGCUUCGUCAGAUGCAGUCGACUCUUUUCAUUUUUCGGUAAGUGCUCAAAGAUUUGAAGAACAGAAAUUAGA